AUGACUGGUAUGGAGCUGCCAAGUAGAGUUGGCCAAGAGCUUGUGCUGCGAUGUUCAUCCUCUGGGGGGCAUCCUCCACCUGAGCUCACCUGGUACAACGACACAAGGGCUUUCAGUGAACAUGAAGUGAGACAUCAGGAGCGUGAAGGUCAAGUAGAAGCUGAUCUUAUCAUUCCUCUACUGACCAAGAGGGACAACGGCAUGAACCUGACCUGCAGAGCCAGACAGCCGUUUCCUGAAAUUACCUCUGUGCAAGAGUCCUGGGGUACUCUCAACGUGCACUAUCACCCAAGUAUAUCUGUUCCUAGAACAUCCGUACACGUUAUAGAGGGACAGCCCACAAACCUCACCUGCCUUGUCGACAGCAACCCUUCUGCGAUGAUUAGAUGGACGAAGCUUGGGCAUAACAGUUUCCUAAGAGGCAACACCAGGGAGCAAACUUUCCACAUCUCCAGCGCAUCCCGCCAGGACGCAGGGACUUACCAAUGCUCCGCAGAAAAUGGCCUGCCUCCCAUAGGUGUUGGGACCGUCACUUUAGAGGUUAUGUACCCACCACAGAUUGACCCUUCUAUGGACGAAAGGAUUUCCAUUCUUCAAGGUGAUGAAGACUUUUCCUUGGAUUGCGUUGUAGAGGGAAACCCGAAACCUCAAGUCAAGUGGCGGCGGAAGGAUACAAAGUUGUACUGGAAAAACCCACUGCAAUUCAGCUUAGUGCGUUACGACAUAGAGGGGACAUAUCAAUGUGUCGCAACAAGCGAUGGGUUCACCCAAAGGACAAAGGAUGUUUUCAUCGAUGUAGUAGGAAAGCCAAAUCUUGAGGGAGACGGAGACACGGCCACGAUGACUGCAGUUGGAGGAGAAACAGUUCGGCUAAGUUGUACUGUCAUGGCCGACCCACUGCCACACGACAUCACAUGGAUGUGGAGAAAUAAUGACGGUGUGGAAGUAAUGCUGUCAACUGGCUCCAGUCAGAUUGUUACAAUAAGACGAAAACAACAGAUAACAUCAUCCCUGGUCGUAUCGGAUGCUGCCGUGAAGAAUAGUGGUAACUACGUCUGCAAGGCAACGAACAUGUUUGGAUCCGUCAAGCGAAAUAUCCAUCUUCAGAUAUCUGAGACUUUCCCUGACAUCGUUGUCAUAACUUCCAUCAUUGCCGGAGCCGUCUUACUGUUGACAGUGGUAGCUGUUGUGGUCCUGAUAGCAAAGAGAAAGGGAUGCAUAUGCAAAUCUCACCAAGAUGUACCUCGCCCGAUGCCACCUGUGCCAAAGUACGUGUACAAGACCGGCACCAUUGACUCCGGUGUGGAGGACCUACAGGAGCUACAGGAGAUGUACGGUACACUCAAACCACGUCCUCCGCCACGGAUGGAGAAGAAGUGGGAAAUGGUGGGACUAUCCUACACAGUGGAUGCAGUCAAGUACAGUAUUCCACCGCAGUCGACAUCAACUCUAAGAGGAGGGACCGUUAUUUUGAAAUGUGCAUUUAGUGGCCUGGGUGCAAGUGACGUUAUCAACUGGGUAGGGCCGCCAAACUUUCGUCUGAUAGCAAAUAAUCGGAAAGUUGACCCUAAGUACCCACGAUUUGAAAUUGUCGGUGAUGCGUCUAAAUACGAAUUCCAUCUGAAGAUACGACGUGCAAGACGUGAAGACGAGGGCAUCUAUCGCUGCAGUACGCUGGGGCUUGAUCCUGUGGAUGCAACUCUCACUGUUGUUGAUCCAACCGAGGUGGUGGUCCCACGGCCAUCCCUGCAUGUGUUGGAGGGGAGUCCGGCGAAUAUGACAUGUCUCGCCGAGGGUAACCCGGCAGCAACAAUCACCUGGAGAAAAAUGGUUGAUUCUUCUCAAAGCCAGGGCUUCAUGAGUGGAAGUUCGUUAUACCUGCCAAAAGUGAUGAAAGACGCCGCCGGUGUGUACCAGUGCUUAGCGGACAACGGUGUCUCACCUGUUGGAGUCGGCACUGUGAGCCUCGAUGUCCUAUAUCCUCCUGGAAUAGAUCAUUCCAUGGAACAGAAAGUCACGGUUCUCUACGGGCAGGACGAUUUCUCACUCGAGUGCCUGGCCUACGGGAACCCGAAACCUCGAAUCCGGUGGCGGCGGAAGGAUACAACCCUGUACUGGGAAAACCCGCUUCGCUUCCACCGGGUGCGUUACGACGUGGAGGGGACGUAUCAAUGCGUGGCAACUAGUGACGGAUUUCCACAAGCAAUAAGGGAUGCAGAUGUUGACGUCGUAGGACGCCCAAUCAUGGUUGGAAAGCGGACGGGGAGCAUGAUGUCUGUCAUCUCUGGUGGAAUAGCAAGACUUUCGUGUGACGUCAUUGCGGAUCCACUGGGGGACAAGAUAGCGUGGUCCUGGCGUGGUACCCGGGGUCAGGAGAAGGACCUGCGGUCUGGACACAACGGCAUGACCAUCGCGGAAACAAAAGGCGGUCAAAGCAAGUCUUCCGCCUUAACAAUCUCCAUGGUCUCAAAGGCGCACGAGGGAACAUACACCUGCAAGGCGUCCAACAUGUUCUCAACGGUACAGCGUGACAUCAAACUUGAAGUUAAAGAGACGAGCAAGACCCUGUUUAUCACCAUCGUUGUCGCUGUUUCGGUGACCGUUUUAGCUGUCAUUGUCGUGAGUUGUUUAUUAAUCAUCAAACGACGAGGGCAGAGACACAGCAAGAAACGUCCAGCAUUGAGAUUAAAGGAAGCAUCUCGCCCGAUGCCGCCAGUACCAAAGUACGUCAAGCAGACCGGCACCAUUGACUCCGGUGUGGAGGACCUGGAGCUACAGGAGAUGGACGGCACACUCAAACCUCGUCCUCCGCGUAGAGUUAACAAGACCGACUGGACAUCAGUGGGCCUUACCUACUCUGGUCUGGUUCACGCAGCUUCUCUGCCACCUUACGCGACCAUAGAGCGUCACCAGCCUGAUGGGGAGGAUGGUAUCGGAUUCGAAGAAGAACAGACGCCGCUUGCCGUGCCUCCCAAACCGAACCUCAGACGUUUGCAGCCAACUCCGACCUCUCCGUCAGGCGGCUGCGGCAGUCGACCACUGACAACAAACGUGGACAACAUGUUGUAGGUCACUGUGGAAAAACGUGGACAACAUGUUGUAGUUUAUUGUAUAUGUAAGCACUGUCUUUGGCAACAGGAGGGUAGGUAAAACCCUAUUACACACGAUGGCAAGUACGUUCAAACUGCUGAAAAUUGUAAGUAUCAUGUACCCCACAAUAAUUGAUUUAACCAUCAAUUAUGGUAGUAAAUACCAAUAAAGUCGUUUAUUU